AUGCUGGGCAACUUUGCUUUGCAGAUGGAGUGGGCUGAAAGAAGCGGUCCAGGGGAUGUAAUGAGGAAGACGAGAGGAAACGAGGGAGAGGAAGAGACGGGCAGAGACGGGCACGGACGAACGGGACGAGCACGGAGACGAGAGCAGGCCACGGAGGAAGACCACGAGCGGGACCCGUCGAGUGCCAAAGAGGCGAACCGUGAAGCGACCUACACGCAGCGGCGGGGCUCAUACCCCGCCUGCGCCAAGCGGUGUGCGCCAUUCACAUUGGGGACGAGCGCCGUCUACCUGCCUCUGGCCCACGUUAGCCUCAGCCAUUGGGGCACAAUUCCCCCGGAGCCCCCACAUCCGAGAUUGAGGCGCCAAGACCGUGAAAACCCCCCCUCCGAAAGUGCCUUGCGAGAUCAACUGCUGCUAGGCUUGAGCGACAGCCCACUGGCCCAAGCUCUGAAGGUCUAUGCUCGCCGUCACCCAGAGCUGGAUUUCACAGAGCUACGUGAGGAGGCCAGGUUAUUGGAGACUGAGUACGGCCGGGGUCAACCAGAGGUAACGUGUGCCUCAGUUCAAAAACAUUAUGACUCUCCUAAAACCCCACAGGGAUUGGACUGGAAGGAGCAAUUGAAGCGCGAAAUCAUGGAGGAGGUGAACGUCCAAAUGAAGGGGCUGUCCCGUGAUAUCCUCGCUGAGCUUAAACCCCUGCUGCAGUCUGCCUCUCCCCAGUCAAGCCCCCCCAACACCACGUGGAACCGCCGGUAUUCACCGAGACCCUAUAAUGACCGGGACGAGCAAGGAAUGAACGUCAUCAUGGCUUGUUGGGAUAACAUCUUUAAGAGGUCAAAGAUGCCUGCUCUCCCACCACAAUUUAAACAUCUGAGAGUGUGGCGGGAGGCGUUUGCCACCUGCAGCCGCAUAGAAGUAGCCCCCACAGAGGACGGGUCAAUGGGUUUCGUGAGGUUGGCCACGAAGAAUAACAUUUCAGUCCCUCCAAACAGUGAGAUAGUGGUGUGGGGUCGUACUCGGAUGGGGCGGGGUGGAACAGAUUUCUGUGCCCUUAUAGAGCCGGUUCCUGGGGCUAAUAUUGGUGGUGUGGGUGUGGCUAGAACGCUGGUCGAGGUGAGGAAAGGAAGAGUCCCUGUUCGCAUUUGUAACCCCCACCCCUACAGUGUGUCUGUAGGUCGUUUUACGAGGUUAGGGCAGCUUUAUCAUAUUGAAGAGGCAGAUGUACAUGGCCCAAAUGACCCAUCUCUGUUUCUUGAGGGAGACGACGUCGUAGCGGUAACCCUGGUAGAUGUCACAACUUCGGCGGCUAACUCUGAGUUGCCCCCAGAGGUGAGCAAGCUGAAAACGCGCCCUGACUUGUCUGAGGUGCAGCAGGAGGAGCUGGAGGCCCUGCUGCAGAGGUGGGAGAAGGUCUUUGCCGUACAUGACGAGGAUUUUGGCCGGACUGACCUGGUGCAGCAUAGAAUCCCUACGGGCGAUGCUGCCCCCAUCCGAGAGAGGCACCGGCCAAUCCCCCCAAUGCUGUACAGAGAAACGGCACACCUAGGAGCAGUGGAGCAACGCUGGGUGGCCCAACUCGCCCCAUUCAACUACACGGUCAAAUAUCGGUCAGGUAAAAGCAAUAUCAACGCUGACGUUCUGUCUAGGUUUCCUGCUCCUGUUAAACAGGCCAUACCACCCGUCGAUGAGCUGGUGGAUGCAGCUGCAGUGGAGACGGGCAGAGACGGGCACGGACGAACGGGACGAGCACGGAGACGAGAGCAGGCCACGGAGGAAGACCACGAGCGGGACCCGUCGAGUGCCAAAGAGGCGAACCGUGAAGCGAUCUACACGCAGCGGCGGGGCUCAUACCCCGCCUACGCAGUAAGUCUACGGCCCUGGGAUCCGCGGCGGCAGCUGGAGGGCUGCAAUCCGGAUAAAGAGCGAGGACGCAGAGUCACUGGGACGUACCGCGAAGCGACCUACACGCAGCGGCGGGGCUCAUACCCCGCCUGCGCCAAGCGGUGUGCGCCAUUCACGUUGGGGACGAGCGCCGUCUACCUGCCUCUGGCCCACGUUAGCCUCAGCCAUUGGGGCACAAUUCCCCCGGAGCCCCCACAUCCGAGGUUUCUGGGUUUUAACGAAGGACUUUUAUAA